AAGACCCUCCGAGUAUUCCUCCGACGCCUCUGCUGGCCUCCGCAUUAGCCCCUCCAUGCGCUGCUAUCCCUAUGAUUGGCUUUGACCCAGCACGAGGCCCCGGGGUUCUUGUCGAGAGUAGUGCCACUGGCCAAUCGUCUUGGACUUGCGAUUUCACCUCCGCGGGCGCGACGCAAUGGCUGUCGCAACCUAGCAGAUAAAUUGGUCCGUUGCCCCUCGUGGGAUUGAUUGCCUUUCAAUACUCUUCUCAUUGCUCUAUCUGCUGUUUGUGACAUCUCACUCUCAGAAAUUAAUAAUACUCAUAAACUAUGGCGUGGCCUAACAAGAACAACGACAUGCUCUACCGGCGGGUAGGCAACUCAGGCCUACACGUCUCUGCACUUGGAUUGGGAGGGUGGUUGACAUUCGGUGGACAUGUCGACAACGAAAUUACCUUCAACUGCAUGAAGCAAGCUUACGACUUGGGAAUCAACUUCUUUGACACAGCUGAGAGCUAUGCAGGCGGACAAUCAGAGAUCGUCAUGGGUCAAGCCAUUAAGAAGUUUGGCUGGAAGCGCAGCGAUCUUGUCAUCACCACCAAACUCAACUGGGGUCUCGCGAAUGGCGAAAUCCUCAUUAACAACCACGGUCUUUCCCGCAAACACAUCAUCGAAGGCACACGAGCAUCCCUCGAACGUCUACAACUCGAAUACGUUGACAUCAUCUACGCCCACCGUCCCGAUCGCCUCACACCCAUGGAAGAGACCGUGCGGGCCUUCAACCAUGUCAUUGAGAAAGGCUGGGCCUUUUACUGGGGUACAUCGGAGUGGUCUGCGGACGAGAUCAGCGAAGCGUGCGGCAUUGCCAGGGCUCUGGGACUGAUCGCGCCCAUUGUCGAACAGCCCCUGUACAACAUGUUGGAUCGGCAGAAGGUGGAAGGCCAGUACCAGCGACUGUACUCCCGGUACGGCAUCGGUUUGACCACUUUCUCGCCGUUGAAGAUGGGUCUCCUCAGUGGCAAGUACAAUGAUGCGACGACGCAGCCUCCCCCGGGCUCCCGGUUCGCUGAGAGCAACGACAAGUUUGCAAGCAGUGUGCGCCAGGACUGGGAGAAUGAGCAAUGGGCGGGUAAUAUCAAGAAGAUUGUCGGACUGAAGGCACUGGCGGACAAAAUGGAAGUUAAGCUAUCGCAGCUGGCUUUGGCAUGGUGCUUGAAGAACGAGAACGUCUCAUCUGUUAUCACGGGUGCCUCGAGACCGGAACAGGUUGUCGACAACGUGGAGAGUUUGAAGCUGUUGCCACGUCUGACACCGGAGAUUAUGGCGGAGAUUGAUGAAUAUUUGCAGAACAAGCCUGCUCAGGAUCCUGCUCGACAGGAUUAGACAGAACCUAGACAAAAGAUGAACCUAAUGAAUGCAUAUGCCAC